AUGGACUUUUUGAAUGAUGAUGAACUAGACUUAGAUUUACCGGUAACCGCAGAAAUAUCGAAAGAGUUAUUCGCAACAGAAAUAGAGAAGUAUCGUGAAUCCGAGACUAAUGGGACCGAUGUUGAUAACUUUGAUGUCGACAGAUUCCUAGUGCAGAAAAAUUUCCAUUACCUUCCUCUCGAUUCCCUUAUUAGAGAUUUGUCUGGACUUUCACAAAAAAUGGUACAAACAUUAUUAGAACAAAUAAGAAGUAACUACGACGACUAUCUGACUUUUUCCAAUACCUAUACAGAUGAAGAAAAUGAAACUCUAAUAAAUUUAGAGAAAACACAAAGUGAUCUUCAAAAAUUUAUGACUCAAUUAGAUCAUUUGAUAAAGGAUGACAUCAGCAAUACACAAGAAAUUAUAAAGGAUGUCCUGGAAUACCUAAAGAAGUUAGAUGAGAUUUACGGCUCUCUGCGUAACCAUUCACAAUUGACAGAAGCGCUCUCACUUGGAAAGAGAUUGAGUAAAUCUCUCCAUGAAAUGUGCGGUAUAGAACCAUUAGAAGAAGAAAUUUGCUCUGGCCUGAUUGAGCAGUUGUAUAAGUUGAUUACGGCAUCUCGUCGAAUAUUGGAGUCUUGUGCUGAUUCCAAUUCACCAUAUAUUCAUCAUCUGCGCAAUGACUAUCAAGACCUUCUGCAAGAAUUUCAAAUCUCACUGAAAAUCUUGACCGAAAAGUGUCUUGAAAACCCAUCAAGCCUGCAAAACCUAUCUUUGACAUUAGUCUCCAUUAUAAAAACGGCAUAG